GCCCGUAACCGGAGCCACCCCCCACCUCGGGGACUAUGGGACCGCGGUGGGACCCGGCUUCGCUCCUCGGGGACCGGGACACGGAGCCCGCAACCCCCCCGGGGGGGGCAGCGGAGCCCCGGCGCCGCCUCCCCGGGAUCCCCGGGGGGUUCCCCCCGGGGCCGCCCCCGUUCCUCUCCCGGACUACCGGUCCCGGCGUGCCCGGCGCGCAGGCGCAGUGCUGGCGGAGCGCACGCCGGGCUCGGCAUGGCGGAGCCGGAGGCCGCGCAACCCGGGAGACCCCCCCCGGGUCCCGGAGCAACGGCGGCGGCGGCACCGAGCGGGGGAACCGGGAGCGGCAGCGGUGGAGCUCCCGGUGCGGCGGCGGCGGCGGCGGUGUCCGGGGGGGGAGCGGGUUCCAGCGAUCCGGCCCGGCCCGGGCUCAGCCAGCAGCAGCGGGCGAGCCAGCGCAAGGCGCAGGUGCGCGGCUUCCCCCGCGGCAAGAAGCUGGAGAAGCUGGGGGUGUUCUCGGCGUGCAAGGCCAACGAUGCCUGCAAGUGCAACGGCUGGAAGAACCCCAACCCCCCCACGGCCCCCCGCAUGGACCUGCAGCAACCGGUGACCAACCUGAGCGAGCCCUGCCGCAGCUGCAGCCACGCGCUGGCCGACCACGUGUCCCACCUGGAGAACGUCUCGGAGGAGGAGAUCAACCGGCUGCUGGGCAUGGUGGUGGACGUGGAGAACCUCUUCAUGUCGGUGCACAAGGAGGAGGACACGGACACCAAGCAGGUCUACUUCUACCUGUUCAAGCUCCUCAGGAAGUGCAUCCUGCAGAUGAGCCAGCCGGUGGUCGAGGGGUCGCUGGGGAGCCCCCCUUUUGAGAAACCCAACAUCGAGCAGGGAGUCCUGAACUUCGUGCAGUACAAGUUCAGCCACCUGCCCCCCAAGGAGCGGCAGACCAUGUACGAGCUCUCCAAGAUGUUCCUGCUCUGCCUCAACUACUGGAAGCUGGAGACGCCGUCCCAAUUCCGGCAGCGCUCGCAGAACGACGACGUGGCCACCUACAAGGUCAACUACACCAGGUGGCUGUGCUACUGCCACGUGCCGCAGAGCUGCGACAGCCUCCCCCGCUACGAGACCACUCACGUCUUCGGGCGCAGCCUCCUCAAGUCCAUCUUCACCGUCACCCGCCGGCAGCUGCUGGAGAAGUGGGUGGAGAAGGACAAGCUGGUGCCGGAGAAGCGGACGCUCAUCCUCACCCACUUCCCCAAGUUCCUGUCCAUGCUGGAGGAGGAGAUUUAUGGUGAGAAUUCGCCCAUCUGGGAGGCGGAUUUCACCGUGCCCGCCGCCGAGGGUGCCCAGCUGGUGUCGCGCCCAGCUGCCGUCAGCACCGUGGCCGUGCCCACCACGCCGCUCUUCAGCAAGAAGCUCAGUACCAGCAGCUCUGCUGCCAGCAUGGACACCGGCACGCCAGAACCCAUGGCAGGGGAGAAGCGAAAGCUGCCCGAGAGCCUAACGCUGGAGGACGCCAAGAGGAUCCGCGUGAUGGGCGACAUCCCCAUGGAGCUGGUGAACGAGGUGAUGCUGACCAUCACCGACCCCGCUGCCAUGCUGGGCCCCGAGACCAGCCUGCUGUCGGCCAACGCGGCGCGGGACGAGACGGCGCGGCUGGAGGAGCGGCGAGGCAUCAUCGAGUUCCACGUCAUCGGCAACUCGCUGUCGCAGAAGUCCAACAAGAAGAUCCUGAUGUGGCUGGUGGGCUUGCAGAACGUCUUCUCCCACCAGCUGCCCCGCAUGCCCAAGGAGUACAUCACCCGCCUCGUCUUUGACCCGAAGCACAAGACUCUGGCUCUCAUCAAGGACGGGCGAGUGAUCGGGGGGAUCUGCUUCCGCAUGUUCCCCACCCAGGGCUUCACCGAGAUCGUCUUCUGCGCCGUGACGUCCAACGAGCAAGUGAAGGGCUACGGGACGCACCUGAUGAACCACCUGAAGGAGUACCACAUCAAGCACAACAUCCUCUACUUCCUCACCUACGCCGACGAGUACGCCAUCGGCUACUUCAAGAAGCAGGGCUUCUCCAAGGACAUCAAGGUCCCCAAGAGCCGCUACCUGGGCUACAUCAAGGACUACGAGGGGGCGACGCUGAUGGAGUGCGAGCUGAACCCCCGCAUCCCCUACACCGAGCUGUCCCACAUCAUCAAGAAGCAGAAGGAGAUCAUCAAGAAGCUGAUCGAGAGGAAGCAGGCGCAGAUCCGCAAGGUGUACCCGGGGCUCACCUGCUUCAAGGAGGGCGUGCGGCAGAUCCCCAUCGAGAGCGUCCCCGGCAUCCGAGAAACGGGUUGGAAACCUCUAGGGAAGGAGAAAGGCAAAGAGCUGAAGGACCCGGACCAGCUCUACAACACCCUCAAGAACCUCCUGGCUCAGAUCAAGACCCACCCCAGCGCGUGGCCCUUCAUGGAGCCGGUGAAGAAGUCGGAGGCGCCGGACUACUACGAAAUCAUCCGCUUCCCCAUCGACCUGAAGACGAUGACGGAGCGCCUGAAGAACCGCUACUACGUCACCAAGAAGCUGUUCAUCGCCGACCUGCAGCGCAUCAUCACCAACUGCCGCGAGUACAACCCCCCCGACAGCGACUACUGCAAGUGUGCCAACACCCUGGAGAAGUUCUUCUACUUCAAGCUCAAGGAGGGGGGGCUCAUCGACAAGUAGGGGGGGUGGGCCUGGACUCCUGGGGCCGCCAGAUCUCCCCCCCAGGUCCUUGCCUGCAGCUGGGGAGGGGCAGGGGUGCCCUCUCCCCAAGGAGAGGAGAGAGGGACCCCCCCGCCUCUGAGCCCUCUGAGCAGGGUUUGCU